AUGGCCGAUCCAGUCGUGGCCGAGCUCAACGAGCGCUUCGGCGCUGCCAACACCGAGCUGUCACCCGAUGUCAUCUACGAGCUCCAAUCGAUCAUGCGCCUACACGAACUCGACGUGCAAGACAUGUUCUUCAAGUGGGAGUCAUACUGCAUCAAGAUGGACAUGGACCAGCCCAAGAUGUCCAUGUCCACUGUUCGCAAGUUCAAGCAAGACCUACAAGAUACACUAGAACGAGCAAACCGAGCGCAGGCGCUGGAGCAAGUCAAGACCGAAAAACGACAAGGAGGAACACCACGACCAGGAGCGAGGAACAAUGGCGAUGUAUUUGGUAUGCUCGAUGGACUCACAACACCGGCCGCUCGACGGGCAGUAAAGCUCGGCUCGGCCAGGAAGACACCAAUGGGGACUCCCAUUAGCCGCUUGAAGAACGAGCCCGUGAGUUCGCCAAUGAAGCUGGAGGCACAGUUAGAUGCCAUGGGUGCUAUUCCACCAUCAUCUUUCAAAGACAGACCAAACGCCGGCGAAGUGAUCGAGAUCCUCAACGAAAACCUCCCUGCACCCGAACCACCUAUCGCCCCCUUUGGCGAGUCCCGCAUCAAGCUUACUGCCGCCUCCGAUCAGAAGAAGCUGGGCUACAAGCCACUAGCAGUGAAGCUUUCCGAAACAUCAGAAAUUUUGGACGACAGGAUAGACGACUUCACGACAUUGGUGCUGCAACAUCACAAGUUGGACGAAUCUGCAGUCGGCAGCGCGGCCAUGCAGAGUACUACAGAGAUUGUGGCAGUUGGGCGCAUUGCUUCUGAUUCGUCUGAAGGCAAGCUCAAUGCCGCUUCUCUGGUAUUAGAGACGUCGAGGAGGAUGGGCGGCGGUUUCCGAGUACCCCUAAACGUCAGCAAGCUCAGGGGCUACCAGUUCUUCCCCGGACAGAUCGUCGCAUUACGCGGAACCAACACCACAGGGCGCGAGUUCACCGUCAACGAAGUUUUGCGCAUGCCUCUCAUGCUCAACGCUGCCUCUACCCUAGAGACCAUGGCAGCACACCGUAACAGGCUACGGGGCGGUCCAGACGCCAUGGACACCGACGACGAAAACCCCAUCCCUCUCAACGUCAUCUUCGCCUCUGGCCCUUACACUGCCGACGACAACCUUGACUUCGAACCUCUCCACACUCUCAUCAACGAGGCAGCAGAUACCUACGCUGAUGCCGUCAUCCUCGCCGGCCCCUUCAUCGACGCCGAGCACCCCCUCAUCGCCUCGGGCGACUUUGACCUCCCCGAGGAAGCCGUCUACGACCCCGAUGCAGCCACCAUGAGCACCGUCUUCAAAUACCUCAUCUCACCCGCGCUGAACCGCCUUGUAUCCGCAAACCCCAACGUAACCAUCCUCCUCGUUCCCUCGGUGCGCGACGUAAUCGACCGCCACGUCUCCUGGCCGCAGGACGCCUUUCCCCGCAAGGAGCUCGGUCUGCACAAGAGCGUCAAGAUCAUCGGCAACCCGAUGACGCUCAGCCUCAACGAGACGGUGGUGGGCAUCAGCAGCCAGGACGCGCUGUGGGAGCUCAAGCACGAGGAGUUGAUCGGCGGCUCGGUGGAGGAUACCAAUGGCUUGUCGAGGGUGGCCAGGUACCUGAUCGAGCAGAGGCAUUACUUCCCGCUAUUCCCGCCGACCGAUCGGACGAAGCUGCCGAAGACGGGUAGGCAGGUGAUUGAUGGGCAGGCGGCGCCGGGCGCGAUGCUGGAUAUCAGUUACUUGAAGCUAGGCGAAAUGGUCAAUGUGCGCCCUGAUGUGUUGAUUGUGCCGAGCGCGUUGCCGCCUUUUGCAAAGGUCAUUGAAAGUGUCUUGGUCAUCAACCCCGGGUAUCUGUCACAACGCAAGCGAGCUGGUACAUAUGCCCGGAUGACACUGUAUCCGCCAAAGCUGUCGGAGGCGGAUGCUGCACCGGGCGGGAUGCUUGCCCAUAGGGUCUUUGAAAGGGCGAGGGUGGAAGUUACCAGGAUUUGA